AUGACAACGCAAGCGCUACCCGAAUCCUGGCAGGAGCCCCAGGGCCAGCUCGAUGUGGUCUCCGAGCAUCCCGCGCCCAGCAUAAUAUCUAGUCGUAUGACCGACAUAGCCUCAGAGGACGGAGAUGCGACAAGCAUGGCGCAGACAAGGCCCGCCGCUAGCACACGACGAUCAAGUGGCCGAGUCCCCGGCGUCACAGGUCCCGUAGGAGAACCAGCUCUUCCGCCCUCUCGUCCGUCCUCCAUUGGCACUGCCCAGUCGUCGAACCGGAGAUCACUGACAUCGCAGACUCCAUCCCAACGCCGGAGAGCAGGCUUGGGUGUUGGUGUUGGCCCGCCCAGCGUUGCAGGCAGCAGCGGCGCCGGCAGCGCUCGUGCCCCAAGUGUGGCAAGCCGUACACACGUCCCCUCCCUCACCUCGCACGCCUUCUUCCGGCCGAUGAGCUCGCAAAGACUGCAGGCGCAACGAGGACAGCGGCCCAGUUCGCUCACGACACAGCGCUCGCUGCAGGCUAGCGUUGAUGGACAGAGCGAUCACGGAAGCAUCAUGAACCGGCAGAGCAAUGGGUCAGCCAUUCCCCUGAAGGAGGCACUGGCAGCAGGACCUGAUGUCGACGGACCACCUCCCUUAUCACGCGGCACAGACGUUACAGACAGAGACUGGGCCACUGCGAACACCUCACCAACCGGAGCGGGAACGGUGCGGAGUGGCGGAGAGAGCACGGCGCCAUUACACAACGGUGUGAAUGAAUUACAGCGCCUCGACCUCUCGACAACCUACAAGGGCGUACCCGGCGCUCUACCAAAUCCCGGGCAGAAAUCGCCCCGCUCAUUCCGCUCAAGUUUCAUCCUGCCCAGCCGGGGCAGCCGCACCUCCGUUCAGGUGCAGAUGCGAGGCACCGGCCACGAAAAGCUCGCUUCCACAGACUCCUCUCCUCGUAUACACGCACAAGGCCCGUCCGACUCCGAAGCAGCAAGGCUGGAGACAAAAGAGGCCGUGAAACGAGAGCUGGGGAAGAACUACGAAUACUUUACCGGCAACACCGUCUUUUGCUGGGGCGGGAGACUGCAGAAUACCCGCGAUAGACCUGUAAAUAUUGUUACUGGACUUCUUGUUGUAAUACCGACGGCGCUUUUUCUUGGAUUUUCAGGGCCAUGGCUAUGGCUCAACGUUUCACCCGCGAUACCCGUUCUAUUUGCGUACCUCUUUCUAAUCUGUAUAUCAUCUUUUCUUCAUGCUUCCGUUACAGAUCCAGGGAUCCUCCCCCGAAACCUCCACCCCUUCCCCCCCACCCCUCCUACAACGGACCCCCUCGCCCUCGGCCCCCCCACCACAUCCUGGACGACCGUCCUCUCCCCUUCCUCCACAACCGCCGCAAUGGAAGUCCCCACCAAAUAUUGCAAAUCCUGCAACAUCUGGCGCCCGCCCCGCGCCCACCACUGCCGCAUCUGCGACUCCUGCAUCGAGACCCAGGAUCACCACUGCGUAUGGCUUAACAAUUGUGUUGGGAGAAGGAACUACCGCUACUUCUUCGUCUUCGUAUCGAGCGGCACUAUGUUGGGUGCCUUCCUAUUGGGCGCUAGCCUUGCCCACCUCCUCGUCUGGCGCGCCGGAGCCCCAGGCCGCAGCUUCGGCGACGCGAUACAAGCGUGGCGUGUCCCCUUCGCGAUGCUCAUCUACGGCGCCCUCGUGACGCCGUACCCGGCCUCCCUAUGGGGCUAUCACAUCUUUCUGAUCUGUCGAGGAGAAACGACUCGCGAAUAUCUGAACUCGCAUAAAUUCAUCAAACGAGAUCGGCAUCGCCCAUUCACGCAGGGGAGCUGGUGGCGCAACAUGAUUGCCGUGUUGGUUAGGCCGAGGGGCCCGACGUAUCUGCGGUUCAGGCAACGGUACGAGGAGGGGGAUCAGCGAUUUGGGGAACGCAGGGGACGGAGGACGGCGCCGUUGGCGGAGGCGCAGAAGGGUGGGGGGAACGGAGUCGAGAUGCAAGAUGUGGGGAAGGGUGGGCAGGGUUUGGGGUUUCAGGGGCCGGUCGGCAGGGGCCCGAUUAAUAGCACGCCGAGGGUGGAUGGGGUGGGUGCGAGGUAA